AAGUCGAUAAACGUGCACGCGACACCGCCGUGAACCGGAAGUAAACACGUUGGGCUGACCGGCAUACACACGUGUUCAGGUAUUCUUGUAGGAACAGAAGAUAAUCAGAGAUCAUGACAUCGCUGGCCCACCAGUUGAAGAGGCUCGCUCUGCCGCAGAGCGACCUAAACUUGCUCACUCACAGGGAGGUUGCAUCGCUGCUGUUCGACCCCAAAGAUGCCGCCGCCAUGGACAGGAGCACCUUCUUUGCCCUGGGUUGCACAGGGCUGGAGGAAUUGUUGGGAUUUGAACCUGCCUUCCUGGAGUUUCAGGACACUCUGUUCAGCCCCUCCUCUGUAACUUUGGAGCGCAGCGUCCAGUCCAGGGAGGUCAACAAUAAGCUGGACUCUGGAAUCUCACUCUUCCUCGCCCGCCUCUGCCCAUAUUUCCUCCUCAAACCAGCUCACAAGUGCAUAGAGUGGCUGGUUCACCGCUUCCACAUCCAGCUGUAUAACGCGGACAGCUUGCUGGCCUGCGCUCUUCCGUACCACGACACCAACAUCUUCGUCAGAGUCCUGCAGCUCCUGAACAUCAGGGAACCCACCAACCGCUGGAACUGGCUCCACUGUCUGCAGAAACCAGGCGUACCCCUCUCCAGGGGGUCUCUGAUCAUGCACAUCUGCACUGACCUGAGCUUCAUGGACUUCAUCUGCUCCAUGGUGACUCGGUCCAUCCAGGCCUUUUCGGGACACUCGGAGAGUUUCUCUCAGCUGCGAGUGAUCUUCUCUUUCUAUGCCUCCACCAUCGUCUCCGCCCUGGCUGCCACGGACAGAGUGUCUGAGCACCUCAUGGCCAAGCUGCUGCCCUACAUCCAAACGGGUCUCAAGUCCACCCUGACGGAUUACAAAGCGGCCACCUACAUGGUCGUGUGCCAGCUGGCGGUGAAGGUGGUCAUGGAGAGGGGAGUGGUCAACAGCCUCGCCGUCCACAUUAGCAAGUCGCUGCUGAAAGAGCCCGCCCUCGCCAAAGAAGGGCUGGGCUGCCUGAUUGUGCUGCUGCAGAGUCAGAAGGAUGGCGCUGUUGGUCCCAGAGCCGUGGACCACCUCUGCUCCGUGCCGUCGUUGGCCUCCACGCUGCAGGUCAUGGCGACGACUCACGAUGUCAGUCCUCUGCUGCGGUACCUGCUGCCUCAGCUGAUCAGCAGUGCGUUCAGCGCAGGUGAGGUGGAGGCUGGCCGGCUGCGUGUGCUGGAGUCUGUCCUGAAAUCUGUCCCACUGAACAAAGACCUGGACCGGACUUUGGCUCGGCUGUUGAUAGACCAGUAUCUGAGUCAGAGCCAUGGCUGUGUUGACAUGUCUGUCCUGGACCAGCUGCUGCUGCCUCUCAUCAGGCUGUUUGAGAACAGGUACUCUGAGGCCCUGGACGCCGUCCUGGCUGCUCGCGUGUGCACUGUCAGCGAUCCGGCUCAGAAGCAGCAGUUCAAUCGACUGCUGUCUCUGUCCAGGAGCAGUGGGAAACACCAGAUUCUGGGCGACUCGGACGUGUCACUGUUCCUCAGCCUGAGACACCCGGAACCCGUGGUCCGAAGGUCGGCGCUGGAACGUCUAAAGGACUUGGUGGCUACAGAACAGAUGAGUCUAGAUGAAGCCUUUCUGAAAGAGGCAGUCCUGGAGCGCCUGAAGGAUGAGGCCGUGGAGGUGGUGGCUGCUGCCCUUACAGCGCUGCAGAUGCUCUUGGCCAAGUUGGAGCCUGAGGACUGUGUAUCAUGUCUGCUGUCUCUGGUGCACAGAGCCGAUGUGUCCGGGGAUGAGAGCUGGCUGCCGGUGCUGACAGCUGCAGUACGGUUACUGUCUGACCCGCAGCUCCUGCAGAAAGACGAUGGGCUUCCGGAGAGAAUAGUUUGGGGGCUGCUGCCCUUCCUGGUCAUCGUCUCGCCUCAGCUCGACCUCCCGAACGCCAUUGCUCACUCCGAUGUCCUCGCUCAGCACCCCCUCACGCACAACUGGGGUCAAGAACUUCACAAAAUGGCAAAGAGGAGCCAUGACCCCAACUUUGUGGGUGUGGCUAACGAGCGCCUUGCCUCUACACUGGCCAAAAACCUGACCGACAUGGAGCUCUUUUCUAAACGAGAUGCUCUUGACAAACUAGUCCUGGUUGUGGAGCAGCAGUUGGGCUCCAGCCUUAGGGCCAGGGCCUCCUUUGUGGUUCUGACUCGGACUCUGCUGCUCAGCCUGGACGGCCUGAGUGAGACCCAGCACCUUUUCACUGCCCAGAGAGUAUACACGCUCCUGGAGGCCCCCCUGCUGGAAGUGACCAGAAGCGGUAACAACCCUGAAGUGGAGCGUCCCGCUUCUGUCCCGCUGUCCUUCUCUGAAGCUGUGACUCUGUGCCUGAGUGGGUGUGGCCAGCAGGAGAAGGGGGCGGUUCUGGUGGCUCUACUGCGUGACUUCAUCUGCUCUUUGAAACGUCUGGAUGUUUCCCUCAGCGGUGAAGGCUGGUGGAAUCCGGAAAAGCUAGAUGCAAACACCUGCUGCUACUUGGGUCUGAUAUGCCGCCUCUUCAGCAUCAUCAUCAGUGGGGCUGCUGAGGGGCAAAGAGCCGACUCCUUCAGAGAGCUGAUGAAGCUGCUCAUCCAGGUCCACCUUGGAGAACCGGACAUUCUCUUCAGGUUCCUGUCCAUGCUGUGGGGGUACGAUAGGAACCAUGGAGACCAGCUGGAUGUGAAGGUGGGGUCAGUCCUGCAGAUCCAGGCUCUCUACAUGGGUGGAGUUCUGCUCAGCACACAACCACCAGCAGUGCUGGAGGAGUUAACGAAUGCAGACUCUCCUGUGGUUCCCUCGUUGUUGUGUUGUCUCACCUCUCCUGUCCGUGAAGUCCGGAGGUCAGCCCUUGGCGCUCUACAGAGCCUAUCAGAAGCCAACAACUCUCCAUUCCAGCCAAUCACAGCGAGGCUCCUGAAGACCUCGGAAGAGAUCCUGGCCGAUGCCUCCUACCUAAGCACGGCUCUUGGCGUUCUCCACAAAGAGUGUUUGUCUGGCAGAGCUGAGCUGCAAGGGUUGGAGUCAUCCCUGCAGCAUCUCCUGCGGAGCAUCCAGACACCCGGCUGUCCGUCGUACACCGCCUCUGCACUCCUGCGAGCGCUGAGCCUCACCAAUGGACAGUCCAUCCUGUCCGGCCUGCUUCCCGUUCUGGACCGGCUCCUGCUGCAGACCGAACAGGACAGCUCCUACCUACUGCAGGCGGAGACCCAGCUGCUGCAGCUGAUCCUGAGGAAGUACAACCCGGAGUCUGCACCACUGUUGGCUCGCGAUCCGAAAAGCCUGGACUUGUUUACCAAAGCUCUGAGGCUCCCUAGCUGCCAGAUCCCGGCUCUGGAGCAGAUCAGCAAGCACUUCUUCUCGGCACUGGCAGACGAGGGGGUGCAGCAGAAGCUGCUGUCCGAGAUGUUCAACCUGCUUCUGGAGAGCUGCAGUCCAGCGGUGAUGAGCAGCAUCAGCGGCGCCUUCAAAGCGAUUUCCGUAGAUGCUCAGCUCUUGGCCAAUGAGCUUGCUCCCCCAGAGAAGCCCAGAGUGGGCGUCACAGUCCAGCAAACCCGACGAACCAAAACCUCCCAAAGAAAAGCCCAGGACAACACUUCUGAGGGGCAUGAAGAGGGCACUGUGUCGUGGCAAAAGGUGACCCUCAUCCUGGAGCUGCUGCAACAUAAGAAGAAGCUGAAGAGAGCCCAGAUGUUGGUGCCGGUUCUGUUCUCUCUGCUGUCCAGGAGUUUGGAGCCCCAAGCAGGUAACCACGGCAACAUGGAGUAUACCAAGCAGCUGCUCCUCAGUUGCCUGCUUAACAUCUGCCUAAAGAUGGUGCCGCAGUCCGCAGUCACGCUGGAUGAAGAGAAGUUCAGCGUGGAACUGGUGGUCCAGUGCAUCCGGGCGUCAGAGAUGCCCCAGACUCACCAUCAGGCCCUGCUGCUGCUCGGCGCCAUCGCCCCCAUCUUCCCUGAGAAGGUCCUGCACAACAUCAUGCCGAUCUUCACCUUCAUGGGGGCCAGUGUGAUGCGCCUGGACGACGCCUACAGCUUCUGCGUCAUCGACAAAACGGUGCAGAUGGUGAUUCCAGCGCUCAUCCAGGCGUACAGGCUUCCUGAUGGCUCCUCCUCCUCCCACGUGGUCGGCGUGGUGACAAAGGUCAUGCACGUGUUUGUGGACGCCUUGCCUCAUGUUCCUGAGCACCGGCGGCUGCCAAUUCUCACCCAGCUGGUGACCACGCUGGGCCCCACCCACUUCUUGUGGGUGCUGCUGCUUCUGCUGUUGAAGCUGCACGCCACACAAAGUGCGGCCAUGCAGGCCACGCCCACCGCCAGUGAGAGAGAUGCGGCCCUGGAGCGAGAUGUGGACUUCUGGAUUUCGAUGUGCUGUCAGUUUAAAGUUGGCGACCAGCUGACCUCACUCAUCCACACCCUGAAGUUCCUGCUGCAGCUGCCCGACGACAAGAACGACGCGGCGCCGAAGAGAGCAGCUGUUCAUAGAGGAGCCAAAAAGGAGGCAGAAAAGGAGGAGAAGGUGGAGGAGCUGAUCUUCAACGUGGAGGCUCACAGCAGCAAGGAGCUCCGUCACUUCAAGUUCCUGUCGGUCUCCUUCAUGGCUCAGCUGCUCGGCUCCAGCAGCUUCAUUCAGAAGGUGGCCGAGCACACAGAUGAAGGGGAAGACGACAGCCAGCCACCUCUGCAGCAGCUGCAGCAGCAGCUCCUGGAGCAGAACUUGUGUUACAUCCACAGUGUGGCUCGUUGUGUUGAGGACAACGCUGAUAAACACACUGCCAAAUUCUGGAGAGUUCUUCUGAACAAAGCAUACGAGGUUCUGGAUAAGGUGAAUGCGCUGCUGCCCACAGACACCUUCAUCACAGUGAUGCGGGGGCUGAUGGGUAAUCAGCUGGCGUCUGUGAGGAGGAAGGCCAUGGAGCUGCUGAACAACAAGCUGCAGACGCAGACGCAGUGGGACGAGACGCAGGUGACCGUUCUGCUGGAGCUGAUCAGUGACCUGUUGAGCGUUGUGGGUAAAGGUCAAGGGUCGAAGGACGAGCAGGCGGAGCAGACCAUUAACCGGCAGACUGCGCUCUACAGCCUGAAGCUGCUCUGCCACCGCAUCGGCCCCCACCACCAGGAGGCUUUCGUGCCCGUCCUGCUGCGUGCGCUGGAGGUCACCUCAGCGGCCCACGAGGAGAAGAACGUGACCGCCAGCGCUCUCCUUUGCAUCGCGGAGGUGGUCAGCGUUCUGAAGGCUCUCGCCAUUCCACAGCUGCCCAGGCUGAUGCCCGCCGUGCUGCAGGUGCUCGCUGACAGGAAAGAGCUCCUGACCAAUGAGACGUACCUGCUGAGCGGUGUCGCUGCUCUUCAGCGCGUUAUUGACACUCUGCCACACUUCAUCAGCCCCUAUCUGCAAGACUCCACCUCACAGGUGUGUCGACUCACGCGCAUGGUGGAGACCUCCCCUUCCUCCUCAUCCUCCUCCUCCAAUCAGCUCCGCAUUCGACUGGCUGCACUGAGGAACACUCUAGCCACCAAACUGCCCUCCAGGGUUCUUCUGCCCACGCUCUCCAAGUGCUACAGCAGCCUGCUGGACAGCAGGAAGGAUCAGCUGGGGGUGCUGAUGAGCAUCAUGAAGGACCACAUCAGCCAAAUGGAGACGGAGCAGCUCAGCUUCCACCAAUCAGAGCUCACCGCCUUCUUCCUCACCGCGCUGGACUUCCGCGCCGGACACUGCCAGGACGACCUUCAAAAAGCAUCGGAGGUGGAGGGCGGAGUCAUCGAAUGUCUGAUGACCAUGGUGAUGAAGCUGUCUGAGUUUACGUUCAGGCCCCUCUUCUUUAAGCUGUGUGACUGGAGUACAGCGGGCGGUCCAGAGCGGCGGUUGACCUUUUUCCGGCUGUGUGACGUCAUGGCUUGCCGCCUGAAGCGCCUUUUUGUGCUGUUUGCCCCUCAGCUGGUCAAACCUUUAGCCGACGUUCUGCGACAAACGAGCGGCUCAGACGACUUGCCCUUCCAGAGCUUGGAAAAGAACUGCCUGCUGCUCCAGCUGGACCUGGACUGUCUCCAGAAGAUCUUCCUGUACGACUCCAGGUGUUUCCUGAACCGGGAGCGGGCCGACGCCCUGCUGAGCCCACUAGUGGAUCAGCUGGAGAACCACCUGGGGGGUGAGCAGGUCUACCAGCAGAGGGUGACCCAGCACCUGCUGCCCUGCCUGGGGCAGUUCUCAGUGGCGCUGGCUGACGACUCUCUGUGGAAGACCCUGAACUACCAGGUCCUCCUGAAGACCAGACACAGUGACUCUAAGGUGCGUUUCUCCUCCCUCCUCAUGCUCAUGGAGCUGGCAUCCAGACUGAAGGAGAACUACGUGGUCCUCCUGCCGGAGACCAUCCCAUUCCUGGCUGAGCUCAUGGAGGAUGAAUGUGAGGAGGUGCAGCAGCAGGUCCAGAGAGUCGUUCAGGAGAUGGAGAAGAUCCUGGGACAGCCGCUGCAGAGCUACUUUUAAUCCACAGCUUUGCACCACAAACUGCAUAUGAACGCACAACUUCUGAUUGUGAGCUAAUAAAGUUACCGCCACAUU